UAUGAAUUCUUAAAUCGAAAGAAACUCUGAUCCUCCCCGUACUAAUGUGAUUUUGGUUGUAAUAACUAAUAAAGCUAACAAAACCUUGAGUCAUGAUAAAUAUUUUAAAGUGUUUAGUCCUUUUGGUACCAUAUAGAGAGUAAGUGUUAUGCUAUAAUUGUUUAGAUGCUCAUCUUUGAGAGAUCACUCACAUGGAAAACCUUUGUUGAAUUUGAUAAUCCAGAAUCAGCACUUAAAGCUAGAUCAUAAAUGAACGAUAAAUUCUUUUGUGAUGAUAACACAUUACAAAUGAAUGUCUAUGCAAGCAAAUUGACUUAUAUCACAUUUUAAGAAAACAAUACUGGGGGAGUAGGUAUGAGUGUAAUUAAUUGGUAGAUUACACUUAGUUAAGAAAAAAAGAAUCAUCACCUCCAAAUGAAGUGACAUAAUCUUCUUCAUCAAUCAAAAGCAAUCCCAUUCCUCCUUAAUAAAACUUCUAAUUCUUAUAAUCACAAAUGUAAUUCUAACAUCAAAUGUCUCAACAAAUUCAACAAAUCAAUUCUCUAAUGGGACAAUUACAAUAAACUUGUGCAGAAGGCUUUGCUACACCUUUAUAGUAGACUGCAGACCUUUAAAAUCAAAUUGAGAAGCAAUAGACAAUUUUAAAAGACAUUUAUGAUUUUUAACUAAAAUUUUCUAAUCUCACCGACAAUUACUAAAACUUCUUAUAAGAAUACAAUCAACUUGAUGAUUAAAAAUCAAUUAGUGUUCAAUCAAGCAAUAAUGGCAAAUAAAAUAGGAAAAAAUUAACACUUCCCAAUGAUAAAUAGGCUAAAAAUGGAGAUUAGAUUGAAUUUAUAUAGAGUUAUCACGAAACUGAUGUUACAAAGGAUGUAAUGUUCCAUAGUUCAGAUAAAUUAAUUGAUUAAAUGUAGGUUUAGAAAAUGUAUUUAAGUGAAGGGAAGAGUGUUGCUAAAGCAGAGGAUCUCAAUUUUAAUGGAUUAGGUUUGAGAGAUUCAGAAGGAGAAGAUGAUGAUCUUCAAGAAUAUGAAGAAGAAUUAUUUUAAUGUGAUAAUGAAAAUGAUGAAGAUGAUAUUAAUAAUGAAUUAUUCAAAUUUGUUGAUUAGAAUCAAGAGUUUACUGAAGGAGAAAAACAAAAAAUCUUUAAUAAAUUAAAUCAAGAUAUGUUAUUUGAUAAAAAUGACCAUUAAGUGGCACAUCAAGUUGAAAAAUAAACAUAACAAAACACUAUUGAAUAAUCAUCUAGAAGUGUUGACAAUAUUGAUUAAUUAAUUAGUAAAGGCAAAAUAUAAAGGUAAAGUACUUCUAAAAGUCAGACUCUAUAAUAAUAAUAAGAAAAACUGGAAGAAUAUGUGAAUCCUCUAUUUUUUAAAGGUUCUUAUUUUAUUGAUUUUAUUUAGCUUUGCGUAAAUCUAAAGUCAUUUAUGCAAGAUGGUUCGAUAAGAAAGUUGUUACAUCCACUAUGCUUUAUAAUAUAUUUAGUAUCUAUGGCAAUAUUGAUAAAAUGAUAUAUCUUAAGGAAAGAUCAAGUUGUCUAAUUCAAUAUGUAAUGUAGGGUCAUGCAGCAAUAGCCAAAGAGGCUUUGAAUGAUAUCAUGUUUUACGGAUAAUAAAUCAAAGUAUCUAAUAUUUAUAAUUAGAUCUUUUUUUCAAAUUAUGAGGAAAUAUCUUUAAAAACAUAACCAACAAAACCAGGUGAAAUUGCUUCUGAUCUUAAAACCCAAGAGGAAUAUUUUUAAGGUGGAGAAGAAACUCACCGUAUCAAACCUGAUUCCACUUAUACUCUUGCUCCACCAUGCGAUACAAUCUAAGUUUCUAAUCUUACAAGAAAUUCUUGUCAAAAUUCUAUCAUGUAAUAAUAUUUGCAAGAUUUUGGAUAAAUCAAAGCUUUGAAGUAUCAAAUAUUCAAUAUUUAGAAUUCUGUCUACUGGAAAUAAGUAUUUGUGUAUCCUGAAAUAUGCUACUACUGAGGUAGCAUUAACAGUUUUAGCAAAUAUGAAUGGAUUAGAAUUGGACGGAAAGUAAUUAUAUUUUCUAAUAUAUAUAUAGACCUAUAUAAAUUAACUUUUCUAAACAAAAAUUAUGAU